AUGCCCGAGCUGUGCUAUGCAGACGAGUGCGGCAAAGCAUUUCCGCUGACGGUGGAUCACACUCCCAAGCUGGUCGCCGAAUCCGAGAGGAUACGAGCACUCCACGGCUUCGUCACCUCGAACCGGGUGAAUGGCGUGAUCGCCAUCUCUCGAUCCCUCGGCGAUGCCAGCAUGAAGCCGUACGUGUCCGCCGAGCCAGGCACGUGUGUCGUCAACCUGUGCCGGGAGGACCAGUUCUUGAUACUGGCCUGCGAUGGCUGUUGGGACACAGUGGACAAUCAGACCGCAGUCGACAUUGUCAGCCACGAGUUGGCCGCAUCGGGCAAUCCAGCCAAAGCUGCCAUCAAGCUCAGGGACCACGCAUUUUGGAAAGGGUCGACGGACAACAUAUCGGUCAUCGUGGUCCUCCUCGAUCGGUAUCUGCCGUCCGACUCCCCGGUGGCAUCCUCGUCCUCCUCCUGCUCCGUGGGUCAGGAUGCCAAGACCACGACGCCGCGGUCACGCACCAAGAGAGCCAAGAAGCGCAGCCGAACCAAGGAAAAAGUCAUCCUGCCCAAGUCAUCCGAGAGCGAACCCAAUCUGGCACCGAAAUCAUUGGGGCGUUCGAUGUCGGACGUGAUGGGUUCGCCUCCGGAGGAGGUCUCGGGUGGUAUGCUCCACACCUCGCUCAACUUCACGCCCACGACAACCGGCAACGCGAGUGGCGGCAAGGCCAAGAAACCGAAGAAGGGAAGCGCGGUGCUGGCGGCGGCAGCAGAGGAAGAGAGUGUACAUAAGGACAAGAAGAAGAACGGGCGGAAGGACAAGAAGAAGGAGAAGAAGGUGAAGGAGCCGAGCGACACGCCGCGGAAGAUGAAGAUGAAGAAGAGGAAGAAGCCGAAGGAGCGACGAGAACGGUCGAGAUCGCGAUCGGUAGCCGAUGCCGAGGAUUGCCCUCAGUUUGGCCGGAACAGGGCUUUGUCGGCGGACAGGGAUGCCGCGAUCUCACGUCAGACGCGCUCGUCAUCUCUGUCCGAGGAGGCGAGCCUCUGCAAUUCGCGCAAAGUGAGCAAAGAAUCGCUGGUCGACGCGGGCACGGACGACAGCGUCCCGCCGCAGAGCAGCGAGCACAUGCUGCUGGACUCGAAGCAGCGCAACGCCACUCGAGCCGGGAGGAGCGGCAGUGUCGGCAAGUGA